AAAGAGAUGGGCUAGUAAAUCCAAGAUAGAAUGAAUGUCCUUAUAUCCUCGUCCUAAAUUCAGUCGUGAUCGUUAUCUAGUCCCGUUUCCGAUUCAUCCGGCAUGGGCAACUGAAGUUAAAUAAGAAGUGCUCGGCGAAUCCUAGGCAACGUUGGAAGCACAGGAACAGGGCUGUGGUGCUGGGGGACAACUCCUCUAUUGACCGUGGUGUAGUAGCUGCAAGCCCACAAAUUCUUUUUUCCACUCACCGUUCCCGUCGGGCCGCUAUUUAAAACCUAUUAUUACCCUUCAACACUCUCCCCUUCGCAGCUCGAGCUAAGUUUGUCGACGAAUCCAGAUCGAGGGAUACCUGAAAGAUAAGCCCCAGACCGUCCUUUGCUGCUUGAAUCGAUCCGGGGAACGUUUGUGCCCAACUAUGGCCACUCCGCUCGUUCCUCUGCCGGAGGUGGAGAGACUCAGUGCCUCGGUGGUGAGGAUCCUAGGUGGUAAUCCUGGCAAGUUUACACUGCAGGGAACGAAUACGUAUCUGAUUGGCCGAGGGCCUCAACGGAUUCUCAUCGAUACAGGUGAAGGGAAGCCUUCGUGGGCUGCUAAUCUGAAGGCGAUCCUAUCGGAAGAAAAUGCAACGGUGCAUAAAGCGCUCCUGACGCACUGGCAUCAUGAUCACAUUAAUGGCAUCCCAGACCUUCGCAAGCUUUGUCCUCAAGUCACUAUCUACAAGAACCAACCAGCAGAAGGACAAAGUAAUAUCGAGGAUGGUCAGGUCUUUAGCGUUGAAGGGACUACAUUAAAAGCGUUCCAUACGCCGGGACAUGCAGUUGAUCAUAUGGUAUUUGUGCUCGAGGAGGAAGACGCCAUCUUCACCGGUGAUAACGUCCUGGGUCAUGGAACUGCGGUGUUCGAGGAUUUGAAGGUGUAUCUGUCUAGCCUACAGCGGAUGCAAGACCGAGUCUCGGGACGCGGAUAUCCUGGCCAUGGAGCGGUGAUUGAGAACGCACCGGCGAAGAUUACUGAAUAUAUCAAGCAUCGACAACAGCGAGAAGACGAGAUAAUACGCGUUUUGCGCUAUGGAAAACUUGACGUCGACGAUGACGAGCCAUCCCCAGACUGGAAGGUCUAUUGGACCCCCCUUGAGAUAGUGAAAGUGAUAUACUAUGAUGUUCCGGAAAGCCUUCACCUACCAGCAUCGCGUGGGGUCCUGCAGGUGUUGAUGAAACUAGAAGCUGAGGGUAGGACAGUUCAUGACACGGAAUCGGGAAAGUGGAGACUGGAAACCGGGAAGUCGGCGCUAUAAUCAUCUUCCAUUAUCUCACUUUGUGACAGACCGGCGGAUGAGCCUUCUUUCGGCCUUGCCUGGACUUGUCAGAAGUGCCCUGGUGUGUGUGAGCUAUAUAACGCCACUACAAGAGUGUACUGGACGUUAAGGAAAAAGAAAGGUAAGAAACCACCAUUGAGGGGUUGGCAUUACAUUGCGAAAUCGUCAUCCGACCAACAGGUGGGCUCGGCGCGCCUAAACAUUUUCCAGGCUGGAAAACAGAUACGAUUUCCUGUUGAGUUUUGUAUAAUACUUAAAGUCAUGAGGGGAAACCCCUCA